AACGAAAACGAUGCACACAACCCAAAAGUACUCCUCGGGGACCAAAUGGUGAAAAACUGCGAAAAGGUUUAUUACUGUUAGCGAUGUCAUGUGCGCAAGUAAAAGGUCUACCUGAGAUGCGUAAAAGUAUAUUACUUUCAACGCAUGCAUUUUUCGACAUGUCUUCUGACUGCAAUAAAGAUCACUCAAGCAUAUUGUCGACGUUACAUAUUCAGAAAGGAACCUUCUAUCUUUUACGAAUGAUUCAAAGAGUUCACUUUUCUACCGAGUAUACCACACUCCAACGAAAACAACCGAUUUGUUCAUCCAGCUCUCUUUUUUCGUUAUCACCAUUCUUGGACGAUUUUGGAUUACUUCGUGUCGGAGGGCGACUCAAAAAUGCAGGUUUGGAUUUCAACUCACGUCACCCCAUCUUGCUUCCAAAACGGCAUCCGCUGACCGUCUCUAUAAUAAAUUAUUUUCACAAAAAACUAUUACAUGCUGGACCACAAGCUCUCCUAGCUUCUAUUCGUUUACAUUACUGGCCCAUAGGUGGACGCAAAACGGUAUCAUAUGUAGUCAACAAAUGUAUUGUGUGUUUCCGCUGCAGGCCAAGGCUUAUGGAGCAUAUUAUGGCUGACUUUCCCAAAGAAAGGGUGCAGGCAGCGCGUGCAUUUCUAACCACUGGGGUUGAUUUCUGUGGCCCAUUUUAUUAUAACGCUGAAGUUCGAAACCGGCCUCCCACGAAGUGUUAUAUAUGUAUAUUUAUUUGUUUCGCUACCAAGGCGAUCCACAUGGAACUAGCCAAGGAUUUAUCAACGUCUGCGUUUCUAGCUGCUUUACAACGAUUCGUAAGUCUACGUGGAAAGCCCAAAACUAUCUGGUCGGAUCACGCCACCAACUUUGUUGGAGCGAAUAAUGAGCUCGCGGAACUAAAGCAGCUAUUUCUCAACAAUAACCACCAGCGAAUGGUACGGCAGCAGUGUUUAGAUGAUGGGAUCGGCUGGAAAUUCAUUCCACCUAGGUCACCCCACUUCGGUGGCAUAUGGGAAGCCGCCAUUAAAUCAGCAAAAUAUCAUUUUAACAGAGUUGUAGGGUCGUCAAUUCUAACAGCACAUAGAUGAUGUUCUUACACCAGCCCAUUUCUUAAUAGGUGGCCCCCUAACUGCGAUUCCUGAUCCAGAUGUCACCCACCUAAACAUUAACCGUCUUAGCCUUUGGCAGCGUAUAUCUAGCAUGCAGCAAAUUUUUUGGAAGAAGUGGUCGACAGAGUAUCUGACGCAGCUUCAACAGCGGUCUAAAUGGCGUGCUCAAAAGACUCCGAUUCCUCUCGGCGCUCUUGUCUUAAUAAAGGACGAAAAUUUACCACCACUUCGAUGGCCACUCGCAAGAGUAAUUGAAACGACUCCUGGAUCAGACGGCGUUGCUCGGGUGGCAGUGUUGAAAACAAGCACUGGCGUUACAAAAAGAGCUAUCAGCAAGUUAUGCCUUCUACCGGUGGAAAAUCCUGUUGAAAGCGUUGGCUUUCAACGGCGGGAAGAUGUUUUGUGAAGAGCCUCUAAGUGCCACCCUAAUAUGCCGACGUACAUAUGUACAUAGUUAAGCUUUCAUCUAUUCAACAUUUGUUCUCUCAAACUAAAAAGCAAUUUGAAAUACUGUUAGUUAUCUAAGCUCCUGUUUUGUAUUCAAGCCAGCAUAUGCAUACAUACUUUGAACAAACAAUAUUUUAGUAGUAUAAAUUACAUGCACAGUAAAGUUUUUCGAGCGCUCUAAUUUUGGAUUCUGUUGAAUAAAGACAUUUGUACAGUCAAGACAAAAUAGUCUCCUGACUUUAAACAA